AUGGAUACGAGUAUGUUGAGAUGUUCGAUGACAACACACGGCUAUAAAAAAUUACGAAGUCCUGUUGCAAACGACAUUCAACAAGUGCAACAGCAGUUACGCAUCACAAUGAACUUUGACAUAAUCUAUGACGCUUUGAUUGCCCCGAUUCUCAGGUAUCCUAUACUGGUUUACUGGAUUGCAUCGUAUAAACUAAACAUAGAAAACAAUGUUAUCGGCAAUACAUUGCUAAUAUACAGCUUGUUAGUCAACCUAUUCCUAAAGCUUAACAACAGGUUGAAAACAAGCGGGCCUUGGACUCCAAUAGGUAACAUCCCGAAUGCAACCUGCGUUUUAACUGGCGGUUCUAAGGGCCUCGGAAAAUGCAUUCUUGAGAAUUUAAUAGCGCAAUUCCCAAACCUUACUAUUAUCAUGGUUGAUGUUGUAUAUCCUGAGUUCAAGCAUAAACGUAUACACUUUUAUCACACAGACUUGUCCAAGCCUGAUGAAGUUGAAGCUCUAUUGGACAUAAUCAAGGAAAAAUAUGGACAAAUUGACUUGCUGAUCAACUGUGCCGGGACGAGGUUGAAAUAUGCAGGGCUAGCUGCCACCAACAAGGAUGAGAUCAAGGAUCUAUUCCAGGUUAAUGUGUUUUCUCCUGUCAGACUAAUCCAAGAAUUGGCUCCUCGUGACACUACAAAACAGUUCUACUUGGUUAACGUAGGCAGUGUCUUGGGAAUAUUUGCUCCCGCUAAAAUAAGCAGUUAUGCGGGAACUAAAUCGGCCUUACGUGCCUUUCACGAAUCAUGGACUUACGAAUUGCAGGCUGAAGGCUAUGAAAGCAUAAGAACACUACUAGUUAUACCGGGUCAGUUAAACUCGAGCCUGUUCCAAGGAUUCGAACCGCCAAGACAAUUCUUCGCUCCAGUUGUUGACUGCGAUAAAUUAGCAAGAAAGAUUGUAAAAAGCUGCAAAAUCGGUCUGAGGGGCGAGAUAUGCGCACCCAACUACGCUUAUAUUUUGAAUGUAGUUGCCAGUAUGCCUUAUACUAUAUUUUAUAUAGCUCGUCGCCUCAUUAAAAUGGACACUUGUCUACCUACUGAGGGUGAUUGA